AUGGACAAGGCAAAGCGUGACUGGCUUUUCGCCAAUAUGUUUCGUCAUGGAGAUGAUCUGCGCAAGUACGAAGCGUUUGUGCCUCCCGUUUUGCUGGCAAAGCCCCCAACAACGAAGGAGACCAAGAAGCGACCGUUGUCUGCUCGUCAGCUCGUCCCACAACCGAAUCCAGAGUUGCAAAAUCGAGAGCGCAACUGGGUGGCAACUACCCCGCACGACUCGAAACUACCGCAGUACGACUCGAUCCUGGACAAAUACUGCACCAGAGUCACAAACCCCGAGGUCCAGCGUCAGAUCUACCAGACCAGACAAAGAGAUUUGUCACCCCAAUUGGCUUUUGUUCUCGAGAAGCGAGUGGCGAAACACUACCGAAAAGGCUUCUACGACUCUUUUGGUGGAGUCGGCUCCUACAAGACUGAAAUUGUGCCAACAGCCCCAGGCGACGGUAUGCGGCCCAGGCAGAUGUCUCCGAGCUCUUCGACCAAGUCGGGGCUACUGGAAAGGCAAGCACUCAGCCGUGUUGCACUAGAUGAAAAGUAG